AUGCGACAUUACAAGUACAAUGCAGCCGCUUCGAGCGCGAACAUUCCACUGGCCAGAUUCUUGGGCACACUUGGGCAAAAGCUGCGCACACAGGCGUUGGGUAGUUACGGGUUCGCCUCGCUGUUGAGUACACUGAACUGGUUUCCACUACAAAUCCUCUCGUGCAUACGAACUAUGAUGCGCCAGGAACCGUUGGAUGAGCGUCGCGAGAAAGUGCAUCUUCAACGGAUGUGGACACUGGAAUAUUUGUUGCGUCAAUUUGAUUGCAACAUUUACACAGUCAUGGCCGUUCAUGGGGGUAAAUAUGCAUUGGAGUGGGAAUCGGUUUCACCAUACAACACGCACACACCUACACGCACACAACACUGGUGCCAUGAAAAGAGACCGCCCAUUUCUCAAAGCUUCCCCGUUAUUUUGAUACCGUCGUUCUUGCUGAACUACGUGACAGCUUCCACCGUGGUGAGUAUCCUGCAGCAUAUCCUGUCCACAAUCCUGAUUUGUUUCUGUCUCCAAGAGGAACAACGCUUCGCUAACGAGGUGCUCAAUGAACAGGUUCUGAUUGGAUUUCGACACGAUGAAAUUAAAGUGAGUAAAUUCAUGUCCCCCGCCCCCGCCCCAGAUCCCCAAUCCCCAACUCACAAGUGUGAGAUGCACUACGAUUUGGAGUNGUACUUUAUCAAUGCAGUCAGUUUCAAAUAG